GUCUACAUUUUUAAACUUAAUUUUGCUGUGGGAUAAAGUGUUAACGAGAAUUUAGUUCCACUAUUCUAACACUUCAUUUUCGCACGUAAUGGACCUCUCCAUAACAUUUUUACAUAUUGUAACAGUAAUAUUUGGAUUAGGAAUUGCUACCGUACAUUCAUGGCGCUGUCCCGGUCCGGAUUGGUAUUAUAGAAAGGGCACUCAAAAAUGUUAUCAUGUUAUGGGAUCAACGAAUACCGGUACGAAUAUCGGUUUUGACGGGGGAUUAUCUGGCAGCCAGUCAUUUGACGGUGCAAUUCAAACAUGCAAGCUUCGUGGUGGAAAAUUACUACAACUUGAAGAUUCUGAGGAACUGGACUGGAUAACAGCAAAGCUACCAUCAAGUACUACUUGGUUUUGGAUUGGGUUGACCUAUGAAAAUCGCACUUGGGAAUGGUAUGACGGUGAAACAUACAAACCGUAUACUCCGAUACCAGGCUUAAACGUGAAACCUCCGAGUACAAGUUAUUCACCCGAAAGACAGCGCGGAACACUAAGACAUGUAUACAACACGACAUUUCAAGGGUUCAUAUUUGACACGGAUACCGUCAGCUAUUCCAACGGUUAUGUGUGCAAAGGCGACUGGAAUGGCCGCCCGUGGUGCAAAACAGAAGAAGGAUACGUCUAUCAUGACAACAAGUGCUUCAAAGCAUUCCCUGAUCCUUCCGGCUUUAUUGGAGCUGAAGCCCAAUGUUUCGCAGAAGGCGGAUACCUACCAGUUCCAAAGACUGCAGAAACUCGUUCGCGAUUGCAAUAUUGGUUCCGAACAUAUUUUAAAUCACCGCUUACCUGGCUUGGCAUUCAGAUUUUAAACAAAACUUCGUCGACCGCAGUCACCGACCUGUACUGGAUGGAUGGAACUCCAAUGAAAAACACUACAUCCAAUCUGUGGCCAACGUAUUCUGUUGAGAAUUACGUCAGGGAUCUCCCGGAUGGAGCUGAUUACUGCGGUGAAUACACCACCUACGACAGUCACAGUGGGGAUUUUGGGGGUUGGCAGUGGGUUGCAGCCAAGGACGAGUGGUCAUUCACCACAAACUGCAGCUUACCACGACCUUUCGUGUGCGAAACUCCAUUGAACAAGUGUCCGUUUGGGUGGCACCAAUCUGGAGACAUGUGUUAUCAAAUCAACCUGGAUGAUGAAAGUUUAAAAAACUGGGCAAACGCACAGACUACGUGCCGACAAAAGGGAGCGGAACUAGUAAAGAUCACCGACGUUUUUAAAAAUCUGUACAUUGCGGAUUUAAUUUGGAAAUAUGGCGUGCAUGACUGGUACGACGGAACGCAGUAUGAGCAUUAUUGGAUCGGCUUAAAAGGCACCAGCAAUGGCUACGUUUGGCCAGACGGCACCGCCCCGAACUAUACACUCUGGCACAACAACCAAGCCGACCCGGCGAACGAUCCCAAUAUGUGCGCUUAUGUGUCGUUUGACCGUCACUCGAACGAAACCGGAAGCUGGAAAGUAACGCAGUGCUCGCAACCGCAAGGCUUCAUCUGCGAAGCGCACUACACGGCUGCCAUUCAGCCAGAUGAUGUUGUCAUCAGUGCACAUAUUUGCGAGCCGCCAUUUGUUUCGUACCAUGAAGGCUGCUUUUUAACCGUAUCAGAUGAGAAAACCUAUGACGAGGCUGUACAAGAUUGUGCUGAUAAAAAAUCUCGACUAGCAGUGAUCAGGAAUCGUGGGGAAAAUGCCUGGGUUUCCGCGCAAACUUCAAAAGAUUCGUGGAUCGGCUUGCGCGUUACCGGCAGUACAGGCAGCACAUCUUCGGUUUCCAGUUUCCGGUAUUCAUAUAGCACCGGUGACCUUGCGGGCGACGGGUUCUAUUCCGAUUUUGCGGACAGAUAUGAUUUAACUGUAAACGACAGUUUUGACCGGUUCUGCGUGGCCAUGGCCGGCGCUGAAAGCACUUUUCAAUACGGAUCCACCUCAAGCACUCGUCCAGGUCGUGGCAGAUGGUACCACGCUAACUGUAAUCUGAAGCGCGAAUAUGUCUGCUGGCACGAAGGAACGCCCAUCGAAGCUCCGGUAGUGGAGGACGUCUCUGAUCCUCAAUGUGGAGCAGGAUGGUUCCGAAAUGGUCCACAUUGCUACCGGGUAGUUUCGAAUGUCGCAGCAUGGCGAAGUUCGAAAUCGACAUGUCAGUCAAUGGGUGAUAAUGCCGACCUGCUAUGGUUUACGACUAAGGAGGAACAUUCUUUCGUAACAAGGCAGCUCCAGGAAUAUUAUUCCCAUGUCCCGCAUAGUUUCUGGAUAAAUUAUUAUACGGAGGCAGCCAAUGCUUGGCAUUUACCUUAUCGCGAUAAUCUGAAUAAGCACUACUUACCGUUCGCGGUGAGCAACUGGGCCGAAGGCCAACCAGCGAUUGACGGCAGCUCCUUCAGUUCCUCGUCGCCACACUGUGCGCGAAUCACAUCAGUCUCUUCUGGCAAAUGGACUUCUUCGAGAUGUGGACAGUGGCACGCUUCAAUCUGCAAGAAAACCAUCGAAAGUUUGGUAACACCUGCUCCAACUUUCGCUGUUCCAUCUGUAACUCCAGAUCAACAGCUGGGAUGUCCCGCUCAUUAUCACUCAGUAGCCGGCCGCUGCAUUAAAUUUAAUAUUAUGCCGGCCGAGUGGGCUACCGCCCGUCAAGCGUGCCGCAACGAACAAGGAUAUUUAGCGGACUUCAAAGAUGAGAAUGAAUAUCUUCUCUUCAAGGGAUUCUCAGUUGGGAGCUGGAUUGGUCUUAACAGUAUUGUGGAUCCGUCUGAUCCACGUGUGUUUACUUGGGCAAGCGGUGCACCAGUCACAUACAUUCCGUGGGAUGUCCAGUCUCCAAACAGCCACGGUGUUGGAGCGUCUGUUAAUGAUACGAACUGUGCCGCAGUUAGCUCACAGGGUGUUACCAUUUAUCCGUGUCACGAAAGGAAGACUUUCGUGUGUGAAAAGGAAAUGGUCGCAGUUACCGGCAGCGCCACAGUUGAAAUUCCCCAUUCUCGCGGUUGCUUGCGAUGGGGAGUGAAUUUCCACGACUCCUGCUACUAUUUUGGACAAGAUCCAACUAGUGAGCAGUUAGGAUACAAGCCAUCAUUGGAUUUCGAUAGUGCGCGAGCUUUUUGUCGCCGACACUUCGGUAUAACAGCUGACCUUGUAACCCUGAACGAUGGUUCCGAAGAAAGGGAGUUUAUCAACAGCCAUCUGGCUCGAACUGCCGAAGAGUACUGGAUUGGUUUGAAAGAAGAUCGCGAACCGUGGAAUGCCUUCAAAAAGUGGGUGGACGGAUCGGACGUGGAAGAAACAAACUGGGCUUACAACCAGCCCAGUGUGACGAGCGAUGGCUUCAAAGGAUGUGUAGCCAUGCACGGCGCUAUUGCCGAACAUGGAAGCAUUUUGAUUGGUGACUGGUAUGUCACAUCGUGCACGGAGCGAAAAGUCCCAUUAUGUAAAGCGGAUAGCGCUUAUCAUCCAUCACAUCCGACCGUUAAUCCUUCCACGCCUUCGCCUGACGGAUGCCCGGCGGGAUGGAAAACCGUACCCGAAAUCGCCACUUGCUUCAAGAGCUAUCGCGGAGAUCAAGAUCAUAGUAACAUUCGGAAACUCUCGUGGCAAGCAGCCGAAAAUUUCUGCAAGCGAUUCAAAGGCGGUCAUCUGGCUUCCAUAAAUAAUGAAGCCGAGCAGAAUGUCGUUUACCGAGCAGUAUUCGGUGACAUGCAGUGGAUUGGUUUACGACAAAACUCCAAUGCUCAGAAUCGAUGGGAGUGGUCGGAUGGGAAAGCUCUGACCACUUCCAACUGGCACCCGGGUGUCAGCCAUACGAACACGUAUUCGCCUAACUGUGCUUCAUUUCGUAGCAGCGGUGACUGGAUUCCGCAAAGCUGCCACUUGGGUAAUGGAUGGGUGUGCGAAGUACCAAAAGACGUCUACUAUCCGGGACAGAUAAUCGAAGAGUACCCGACGGCUAUCCCCGUUAACCACACGUGCGGCUCAUCCACGAUUGAUGGUGAAUGGUUUUUCGACGCCCAGUCGGAAGAGUGCGUGUACAUCGCCAAAAGAACCGAUGACUGGGCCAAUGCGCAAACUACCUGCGAAAGUCUCGGCGCUAAUCUUAUAACAGUAACCACCACAAACUAUCCUUUUCUAAUGCUGAAGGUUGCCCAGAGUAUCACCGAAAUAUCGUCAUCUGCCGGUCGAGACUAUUGGAUUGGACUAAAAAUGACGGAUUAUGUGAACAAGGAGUACGGAUGGGUUGAUGGAUAUGCGUCGUUUUUGCGACCAUGGGAUGCAAACGAACCGAGCGGACGAGGCACGGAACGAUGUGUGUCACAGAAUUCUGUGAGUGGUAAAUGGCGCGAUCAUAACUGCGCGCGCACUCUUCGAUUUCUUUGUGCAAAGACGAACCAUGCCCAACCUGUCACAACGCCUAGUCCUGUCGGAGGCAAUUGUCAUACUGGAUGGCUCGAACAUGACCGCAACUGCUAUUAUUUCUCCAAAAACGAAAAUAAAACUUGGGAGCAAGCUCAUGAAGCCUGCGUUCAGCUUCUGCCAGGAUUGAGCGAUCUCGUUUCAAUUCAUAGCUCAAUCGAAAAUGAUUUCCUCGUCACAAAAAUCAAAGGUCACCAUCGGGGCCACUGGAUUGGUUUGCAUGAAGUAGCCGUGGAUACUUAUACCCAUUCGUUCGUUUGGUCUGACCAGAGCCCCGUUCGCUAUAACAACUGGCAUUUUUCUGAACCGCUGUACACGUAUGGAGAUAGGGAUCGAGCCGUUGAAUUCCGCGGUGACCAUAAUCGUGCUGGAAGAUGGCAAGGUUCAGAAACACAAGAAUUAAGAAAUUACAUUUGCAAAGCUAGAAAAGACCCCAGUGCGCCGCCGCAGCAAGCUGUGGCUAGCAACUGUCGAUCCGGUUAUACCCAACUGGGAGAGAAUGGAGCGUGCUUCUCGGUGAUAGCACUGCCCGAUGGACGGGACAACUGGCAAAACGCCAAAGAUGCUUGCGCCACCGGUGAUGGCUACGGCAAGCUGGCGACAGCGGUUGAUGUUUACGACAACGCCCAAGUCCGUGUAUUGCUGCACCAGGCUUAUCGCAUUAACAAUCACAGCGGCCACGCCUGGAUCGGCAUGCAGAGUCACGUGCACAAUUUCGCUUGGUACAAUGGAUGUCCAGUGGUGUAUUCCAACUUCCUGACGAUGCUGCCUCCCGGUAAUAACUCGAAUCACUGUGUGUCCAUGAACCACGACGGCAAAUGGAUCGUCCAGAACUGCACUGACAGCGUCCAUUAUGCUGUUUGUGAGCAUAGAACAGAGCCAUGUCCGGCGGUUUUCAAUAUCACCGACAAUAACAUGUACUGUCCAGUCGAUUUUCCAACCGAAUGCAACACCAUGUGCUACCGUGUUCAAACUAAAUCCCAUCAAAACAACCAGUCCAUCCAUGUGGAUACCUUCCAAAGAGCCAAACAGCAGUGCGAAAAGUUGGGUGGACGACUCGCAUCCAUCCGUAACGAAGAAGAACAGAAAUGCUUGGAGAAAUAUAUUCAUCACUCCACCGAUGGUAUGUGGAUUGGUUUGUAUGAGGCGUUAGAUCCAUCAGGCGAGUAUGUCUGGAAAUGGGAAGAUGAAGGUGCCGGAUUCGGAUUUUCAUCGUACACUAACUGGGGGAACGGCAAACCUUCGAACAAUAGCGGUCUCAUGUACACAGCAAAACGCUGUGCAGAAAUUUUGCCUAAUGGCACAUGGAGCAAUCUGGGAUGCGACGAUUAUGAUUCCAGAGGCAUGAUAUGCGAAAUCCACAAGGUGCGCUCGGAGGUCGGCCGCUUAACAACCAGCAGACCGGUUGGUGUGACGGAUCCGCCCAGCGGGCCCGGCAUGUCCGGCGGCUCAAUUGCUGGCAUCGUAAUCGGUGUUUUGCUGGGAGCUGCCUUAAUCGGCGCGAUUGUAUACGUCGUUCUGACUGGAAAAAGCCAAGCGGUUGUUAGCUCAGUUCGGACUGCUGGCAGCCAUGUUAGAACAUUCGCUGCGCAGAAGUGGGAAGCAACCCGGUUCGGAAACCGGAAUUACAACCAGUACAACAAUGAUGCGACUCCGGUUGUGAAGGAAGAUUACGUUAAUGGAGACUCUUACAGCUGAUAAAAAUUUGUCUUUUAAGCUUUUUAGCGAUAUGUGCAUAGUAUUGCAUCCAAAGCUAGUAAUUUAUAUGUAAAAAUUUUUUGUUGAGAAGCGUAAAAACCGUACUCCAAAAGUACGAAAAUUCGUUGUGAUGAUGCAGGUGGUACGGUAACAACCUUAAUAAAAAUACAUGCCAAUGG